AUGCGGAGCUGGUUAAUCCUCGGCGUAACCAUACGGAUGCUGUUCUUAAUGCCAUUGUCGAAUAGCAGUUUCAGUUUGCAUCAAAGCACGAAACGCAAUGACAUAGACUCGUUUGAGGAUUUCGAAUUCCUGGAGGAAACCACCACUACAAAUGUGGUGCUAAGUAUGAAUGAAUCGGUCUAUGAACGGACCAGAGAGGCAAAAACACAUCAGUAUCAAUCAAAUUUAAACCAGAUUCAAAACGACAUUAGCUACAUGCGUGUAUAUAAUGUCGGUGUUCUGAUGGCCUCCCAUUUGGAUUCCCCAUUCGAUCUGGAACGUUGUGGACCGGCAGUUGAUUUGGCCUUGGAUCAAAUAAAUAAGGUAUUUCUUAGACCCCAUAACAUAACGCUGGUUAAAAAAAAGGCCAGCUACCCAUCGUGUUCGGGUUCUCGGGCUCCGGGUCUCGCUGCCGAUAUGCAUUUCAAGGACGAUGUUAUAGCGUUUAUAGGACCCGCUUGUGCAUUCGCUCUUGAGCCAGUGGCACGUCUGGCCGCCUAUUGGAAUACACCUAUAAUAACAGGAAUGGGAGAUCAGCCUCCAUCUUCAGAGGGAGAAUUAACCUCUGGUAUAUUGGGACGCAUACACAAAUGGAAAAAUGAGAGCACAGGCAUGUUUAAGGACAAAUCAAAGUAUCCCACCCUCACCCGGAUGUCAUAUUGCCAGUGCCGCCUCAUUUUGGUGUUUGCCAGUGUUUUCCGUCAGUUUAAUUGGAAGCAUGUGGCCCUGCUAGUGGACAGGUCGGAGCUGUUUUCCUGGACAGUCGGUAAGAAUUUGGAAUAUGGUUUGCGGCACGAAGGUUUGCUGAAAUUCGUGCGGGAGCUUAAUGGCAACGAGGAGGAAGAGAUCUAUGACAACUAUCUGAGAGAUGCCAGCAUGUAUGCCAGAGUUGUUAUCCUGUCGGUGCGUGGCGUUUUGGUACGGAAAUUUAUGCUCGCCGCCCAUAAUCUGGGCAUGACCAAUGGCGAAUGGGUCUUCCUUGAUGUGGAGAUCUUUCAGAGUGCCUAUUGGGGUGACAAGGAUUGGGAAAUGGGGGAUGAGAAUGACACCAAGGCGCGUAAGGCAUAUGAGGCUCUGUUGAGGGUAAGUCUUCUCCAGCCUACGAGCCCCAAAUUCCAGGACUUUGCAGAUAACGUCCGGGAGAAUGCCUUGGCCGAUUACAAUUACACAUUUGGUGAGGAUGAGGAGGUAAACUUUUUCAUUGGAGCCUUCUACGAUGGCGUCUAUUUGCUUGGCAUGGCUCUGAACGAGACAUUGAGUGAAGGCGGCGACAUAAAGGAUGGGGUAAAUAUUACACGGCGCAUGUGGAAUAGAAAUUUCGAGGGCAUCACCGGUCUAGUGCGGAUUGACAACAAUGGCGAUCGGGAUGCAGAUUACUCAAUAUUGGAUCUCGAUCCGAUAAAUGGUAAAUUUUCGGUUGUGGCACACUAUUACGGCCUGCACAAGGAAUACUCUGCAGUGCAUGGCAAGAAGAUUCAUUGGCCGGGCGGACGGGAAGAGCCACCACCGGAUGUGCCGCCGUGUGGGUUUCUAGGAAACUCGCCAGACUGUCAUGGCAAUGAGACUGCCAUUAUGUAUACAAUCUUUGGACUGGCUCUUUUUUGUGGAUUGGUUUUCCUGGUUAUUUGCCUCUUGCAAAAGCAAAUGAAGCUUAGCAAGGAAUUGAAUAAUAUGUCCUGGCGAGUUCGGCCCGAUGAUGUCCUUAUCGAAAUGGGUGGCAUGUUCGGCUCCAAAGGGGGCCUCCAACGUCUCGAUGUGGAAAACAUAUCACUGCAACAAUUCGGUAUCCAUUCCGGACGCGCUUCCAUAGCUAGCUUCACUUCGCUGCCCACUCAGGUGUAUACGACCAUUGGCCAAUUUAAGGGGGAGCGUGUGGCCAUCAAGAAGGUGAAUGUAAAGAAAGUAGAACUGACUCCCCAAUUGCUUUGGGAGAUCAAGCAGGCCCGCGAUGUGAGCCAUGAGAAUACCGUGAGAUUUGUAGGCGCUUGCAUUGAUCUGCCGCGGCCCACUGUACUGAUCCUGACGGAAUAUUGCUCCCGUGGUAGCCUGAAGGAUGUGCUGGAAAACGAGGCCAUUGAGUUGGACUGGAACUUUCGCAUGUCUCUGAUUCAUGACAUUGUCAAGGGGAUGAGUUAUUUGCAUAACAGCGAUGUGGCUGCCCAUGGCAAACUGAGAUCUUGCAAUUGCCUGAUCGAUGGAAGAUUUGUGCUAAAGAUAUCGGAUUUUGGUUUAAGCACUCUUACUACUCCAUCGGACUUCGUUAGGGAUCAGAACUACUAUAUAAAAUUGCUUUGGAUUGCGCCCGAACUUUUGCCUCUGACUUCUAUACCCGGCUGCUGUCCGGCCACACAACGUGGCGAUGUCUAUUCAUUUGGCAUUAUUCUCGAGGAGAUUGUCAAUCGUGGCGGCCCUUACCAAGAGGCACGCCAGCAGAUGGAUGUGCAUACCAUCUUGCAUAGAGUUCGCCAAUGCGAGUAUCCUCCAUUCCGGCCCCAUUUACGUGAACGAGAAUGUCCUCCGGAUUUGCUGGAACUGAUGGAAAAAUGCUGGGCCGACAAUCAAGAGGAGCGACCAGCAUUCUCCACAAUUAGAAGCAACAUACGGACCAUUAUGAAGGGAUUCUGUGAGAAUUUAAUGGACGAUUUGCUCAACCGAAUGGAGCAGUAUGCUAACAAUUUGGAGAGUCUCGUGGAGGAUAAAACCCGUCAACUGAGUCUGGAGAAGCAGAGAACCGAGGAGCUAUUGUAUCAAAUCCUACCGCGACCCGUCGCCCAGCAGCUUAUGGCAGGGGAUCUCGUAGAGCCCGAGGAGUUUAGCAGUGUCACGAUCUACUUUAGUGACAUUGUCGGCUUCACCGAACUCUGCGCCCGCAGCAGCCCCAUGGAUGUGGUUAAUUUCCUCAAUGAUCUCUACAGCACGUUCGAUCGGAUCAUUGGCUUCUACGACGUUUACAAGGUGGAGACAAUUGGAGACGCGUACUUAGUGGUUUCCGGCCUGCCUGAACCCAACGGCGACAAGCACGCCCGAGAGAUAGCCCUCAUGGCCCUGGACAUUCUCCAAGCGGUGUGUUCCUUCAACUUGCGACAUAAGCCAGAGUACAAAAUUCAAAUACGCAUUGGCAUGCAUUCCGGAUCGGUCUGUGCCGGAGUGGUGGGCAAAAAAAUGCCACACUACUGCCUCUUUGGGGAUACAGUGAACACAGCCUCGCGGAUGGAGAGUACAGGCCUUCCAGGCAAGAUUCACGUGUCGUCGGCCACAAAGGCAAUCUUAGAUAAGUUCGGCACCUUCCAAAUGGAACAACGCGGCGAUGUUGAGCUAAAGGGCAAGGGAACUGUCACGACCUAUUGGCUGAAUAGUUCCACCGAGGGGGAAGUGCGUCCUCCGACGCCACAGAUUUUGGCCAACGAUGAGGUGCCCUUUCCGCUGCUAUUCGCCGGCAUGGGCAAAUGAGCUAAAACUCAAUAAGA